AUGGAGAAACCUCAGCUGUCGCGCCAGAAGACGGUCGCUGUCGUGGGUACGGGCAUGGCUGGUCUGGCCACUGCGCACUUGUUACACCAGGAUCCCCAGAAGCGAUAUCAUGUUACUCUGCUUGAGAAGAGAGAUCAAGUUUCACUGAGUGCGGAGUCAAUCCAGAUUCCUCCGCAGGACUCUGCAGGUGCAUCUUUAUGGGCUGAUGUGCCCAUGCGCGCCUUUGCGGGUGGCUUCUAUCGCAAUUUGGUCCGGAUGUACGACUAUCUGGGAGUCAAGUACCAUGCGCAACCAUUCCUUUUCAGCUUUACAAGGUUGCCGAAACACCAGCAAUCUUCAUCGGGCUCCUCUUGCAUUCCGAGGCCGCAAAUGGUUUAUGCGUCUAAUUUUCACCAGAUGCCCCCGGUCCCUCGAACAUCAGACAUGAUCCACUGGUGCAUGGAGGCUAUAUACACGGUGUUAUGCUACCUGUGGUUUACCAUUUGCUGCUUCGUCAUUUCACCAUAUUCCGAGAAUCUCCACACGGGGCAACUUAGCGAGUCGCUUGAUCACUAUUUACGUCGCAUCUGGUUGCCGCAGUAUUAUGUGGCCAACUACCUCCUCCCCCUUAUCUCGAGCGUGUGUACCUGUUCGCACCAGGAGCUCUUGAACUUUCCAGCCUCCGACGUUUUGGACUACAAGCGCCGUACCCAUCGCCAGCAGCACUUCGUCGUAACCGCGGGUGUCCAGUGUGUUCAGCCGAAGCUUCUGGAAGGCGUGGAACUGCGUCUUGGCGUUCAAUUGACGCAUGUGAUCCCGCAAGGGAAUGGGGUCCAAAUCAAGUACUCAAACGGAGAUGGAAACAGCUCCUCAGACUACUUUGAUCUAGUCGUCUUGGCCGUUUCGCCUGAUGUUGCUGCUUCGUUGUUUCCCACUCUGGAUUCUCAACUGUCUGCCAUUCCUACUACCAUUGUUGAAACGGUCGCACACACCGACAAGUCAACCAUUAAACCAAUGCUGCAUGCCACCGCUACCCAGGACUUGAUUAAAUGCUCCAAGGAAGCGCGAGGCUCUUACAACAUCGGGACGCAGCGCAUUCACCUCCUUUCGAACGGCACCAAAACCGAGUCGGUCCAUGAGCAAUCUAACUCUAUUCUCGUCACAACGAACCCCCUCUUUCCCUUGGACAAAUCAAAGGUCCUUCGUUCGGCAAAUUUUAUUCGUGUCUUACGCAGCCCACUCAGCCGCCUACUUAUCAAUUCGAUUUUCCGAAAUCGCAGGGAACAGGAGAGCUUCUCUGAUUCAACUGUUUCGUUGAGUUCUUGGCGUAACGGCGACAAUGGGGUCUACUUAGCAGGUGGGUGGUGCUGGGAUGGUAUGGUCCUGCUUGAAGGAUGUGUCGUCUCUGCCAUGCGGAUUGCUACAGACCUCGGCAUUACAGUGCCCUGGGAUGUCACAGCGGCAUGA